GUUCUGGUUCCGGUAGAGCUGCGGUCAACCACGUCGCGGCAGGAAUGUACGUCCCCAAUAAAUCAAUUAUUAGAGCUCCAUCUGGUAUUGUUCGUGCAGAAUAGAUUCAAUUUGCUAAUUUGCAGAAGACUUCAAAAAUAGGCAAAUCCGAAAGUGAAACGCUGCAGCUUGCUAAUGUCAGAGGGUGGUGAGGUGCACCCUGUCGUGGUCCGGGCAGCAUGAGCGGAUUCAUCGAUUGCCACUGUCACUUGGCGGCGCCGGAUUUCCAAACAGAUAUUGAUGCAGUGAUAGAGCAAUCUAAGAAGGCUGGAGUCCUAGCUCUUGUGGCAGUAGCAGAGCAUGCUGGAGAAUUUGAAAGACUAAUAGAGCUUUCAGAGAAAUAUUCUGGGUUUGUGCUACCAUGUCUUGGUGUUCAUCCGGUGCAAGGAAGUCCACUACAGGAACAACGUGGUGCCACUCUUGAGGAUUUGCAGGAUGCACUUCCAUUAAUAGAAAAAUAUAAGGAAUGUUUACUGGCAAUUGGAGAGGUUGGGUUGGAUUUUACCCCACGAUUUGCCAGCACUGAAGUGCAGAAGAAUGAACAAAGAAAGGUCUUCACUGAACAAAUUGAAAUUGCAAAGCAGUUGGAUUUACCUUUAAAUGUACAUUCUCGCUCUGCUGGACGUCCAACUAUUAACCUACUGAAGGAACAAGGAGCUCAGAAGGUAUUGCUUCAUGCCUUUGAUGGAAAACCCUCUGUGGCUAUGGAAGGGGUGAAAGCUGGGUUUUUCUUUUCAAUCCCACCAUCCAUUGUACGAAGCGAGCAGAAGCAGAAACUGGUGAAGCAAUUGCCAUUAGAGUUUAUAUGCCUAGAGACAGACUCUCCUGCAUUAGGACCGGUAAAACAGAUAAGAAAUGAGCCCCGGAACAUAUCAGUCUCCUGUCAGUACAUUGCACAAGUUAAAGGACUUACAGUGGAGAAAGUCAUGGAAGUGACAACACAGAACGCAAUCAAACUUUUCCCAAAACUUCAGAAAUUUAUCCAUUUAUAAAUGAUCUCUGCAAUAAAUAAGUGACAAAAAUUAGGAUAUAUUUGUGGAUGCAAUUUAACCUUAAGGUAGAGUUAAGGCACAAUAAAAUCAACCUCAAAAUGCAAUCUAAUAGUUGUGUCAACUUUACCGGGUUCUCAUAGAGCCAUAUAGUUAUACAACAUGGAAACAGGCCAUUCAGCCCAACUAUUCCAUGCUGAUCAAGUCCCAUUUGCCUGAAUUUGGCCCAUAUCCCUCUAAAUGUUUCCCUUCCAUGUACCUCUCCAAAAAUCUUUAAAACGUUCUAAUUGUAUCCAUCUGUACCACUUCUUCUGUCAGCUGAUUCCAUAUGCCCACCACUCUCUGUAUGGAAAAACAUGCUCCUCAGGUCCCCUUUAAAUCUUUUCUCUCUCACCUUAAACUUAUGGCCUCUAGUUUUAGACACCCCUACCCCUGGGAGAAGGACUGACAAUCCACCUUAUCUAUGCCCCUCAUGAUUUUAUAGACCUCUACAAAGUCACCCCUCAGUCUCCAUCACUCCAGGGAAAACAGUCACCAUUUAUCCAGUCUCUUCUUAUAAAUCAAGCACUCCAGUCCAGGCAACAUCUUUGUGAAUCUUUUCUGCAUUCUCUAGUUUAAUAACAUCCUUCCUAUAGCAUGGCAAGCAGAAUUGCACAUAAUACUCCAAGUGCAGUCUCACCAAUGUCUUGUACAGCUGGUUUACUUCUUUACUUAAAAGUGUAUGCAUUCAUUCUAAGAUUAAAAUUACUUUCAUUAUUCUAACUUGCCAAACAUUGGUAAUGCAAAUCUGAACUAAAAGGUUUUGGUGAAUAAAUUUUAUUUUUGAAAUAAAAAACAAAAAUUAGGAAUUCACAAUAGAUCCAAAUUUAUCUAAAUUAACAAAAAUAUGUUAGCAUUUGAGUGUGGAGAGUUCAUCAAAGGAAUAUUCUGUUAUAUAGUUUUCAAACUGGCAUUAUUAAGAGACACUUAUCAAAACACAUCCAUUAGGUAAUGAUCCAAUUUUUUUGCCCUGUAAUUCAAAAUUAUUAUAUGUCUAGUUACUUUAAAAAUAGAUGUAUUAAAUUACAGAUACCUAGCUUCUGGGGAUGCCUUUUAUCACAACAGCACACUUUUUGUAAUGUCCUGACAUAGCUGUCCUUAAAUUUUAGAUUUUAAUGGUGCAAAUCAUCUUCUCUUGUGUUGUAUAAUUUUAUGAAUUGCCUUGCAAUAUGAAACCGUAGGCAGCAAAAUAAUCAAAUCAAUAAUGCAUAAAAAUUAUCUUUUUUUUCAAAAUUUUGUAGUUAUAAGGUUUUUGAAAAGGCCAUACAUCCUAAAAGGAAAUGUAAAUUGACAGUUCUGCAGAAAAAUGUAUAUAAGCCUAUU